GGUGAAGGGCGGGCGUGCGAUGCGCCGGGCCGCCGGUUGGCUCUCCAGUCGUACUCCGUCCCCCGUACUGCCCUGUACGUCCCGCGCACUUCCAGUGUACAGUCGCGUUCUAAAUUGUUUUGUUGUCAUUGUUAAUUUUUGUUGCUGUUUUUUUGUUAAGUUUGUUUUGUUGAUUUCUUUGUUGUGUUUGUUAGUUAAUUAACUGUUUUUAUUUAGUUUUAACAGUUUUUAAACAGUGAAAAUGCCGAGAAGAAAUACUGUUUUGAGAAGACAGGCACGGAAAAUGGUGUAUGACGUGCAUUGUUUUUUGAAAAGGGAAUCUAAUGAGUUCAUUGAUUCCUUGAAACAAAUCCAAAGUGAAAUUGGCGAAGCUACGAGUAUUUUACUCGAUUCGGGCAGCACUGUACAUUUAAGCCAAAUAAAACAAACUACAGAAGUUAUUCAGGCGGGAAAUAUUAAAUUAAAAAGUAUAAUUAGUGACUUGGGGAAAAUUCAAAAAAGGACAGCUGAGUCUACAAAAACAUCCAUAGCAACGGUAAGGAAAAUCUCCACUGAAGCCAAUAGUUCCGAUUUAUUAUCAGUAUUUAGAACACCAGGCAAAAAACACUCUAGAUCAAAACCGGUCACAGAUAUUGAUAACUUCGAUCAAGGAGUAAUAAAGAGGUGCAUACAUAACUUUCAUAGGACAAAUAAUGAACUUCCCACCGUCGGAAACCUAAAGAAGAAGUUAGAGGAAGAUAUAAAUUUCAAAGGCUCAGAACGAAGUCUUCGACGAAUAAUUAAGAGUUUAGGGUUUCGGUGGAAAAAUACUGAAAACAACCGAAAAGUGCUUAUUGAAACUUCAAACAUACGUUUGCAACGUAUCGAAUACUUACGCAAAAUAAAACAAUAUCGCCAAGAGGAAAGGCCUAUCGUAUAUACAGAUGAAUCUUACGUAGAUUUAUCGCACUCUUCUCCAAAAGCCUGGACCGAUGGUACUACUAAAGGUCUCAAAAAACCUAUCUCCAAAGGACAGCGGGUGGUCAUUGUUCACGCAGGAUCAGAGGCUGGGUUUAUAGCGAACGCACUGCUAACUUUUAAAGCUGGUGCGAAAUCAGGCGACUACCACGACAAUAUGAACUACGAAAACUAUGAAAAAUGGCUGCGGACACAGUUAAUGCCGAACUUACCGCCUAAUUCCGUCGUGGUAGUCGACAACGCAUCAUACCAUAAUAAGCAAUGGGACCUCGCACCAACUUUAAUUCAAAAAAAGCUGACAUGCAGGCUUGGCUUACUGAAAAGGGCAUGCAAUAUGAGGAAACUCUAUUAAAACCUCAAUUAUACAAUUUAAUACGGGCUAACAAAGAUAGAUUUAAAACAUUUUCAAUUGACAGGAUACUAGCAGAGCAAGGGCAUCAAGUGCUAAGACUGCCACCAUACCACCCAGAUCUAAAUCCUAUCGAAAUGGCAUGGUCUGACAUAAAGCAAUAUGUAGGCAGAAAAAAUGUGAAGUGGAGUGUUGCUAAAUGUAUAGAGCUGAUCCAAGAAAAAGUUUUGCUGAUGGGUGCUUGGGAUUGGAGGAAGUUAUGCCAAAAGGUAAAGGACAUAGAAGAGCAAUAUGCCAAGAGUGACCAUAUCGUGGAUUUGGUUACAGAAGAAUUCAUCAUUCGCGUUGAUGGUGACAGUUCAGAUUAUAGCCUUGGUGAGUCUGAUGACGAUGACGCUGCUAGUGCCGACGACCGAAGCAGCCCUGAGCCCGGGCCCUCAGUCAGCAAAAGGCCCUGUCGAGUUACCGUUGAAGGUGUGAUACCAUUUUCUGAUUCGGACUAGAUAUAAAUAACGGCACCUACUGGACAGACAGGAGAAUGCGGCGUCUGAUGUCCACACCCUACCGAACUCUCAGGUUUCCUCUAUCCUGAGAGGAGACUUCAGUAUUCAUAUGUAAUUCGAGCUACUAGUCUAGCUUGGUAUCUAAAAUAAAAAUUGACAAAUUCGAUAAUGUAUUUAUUUUUCUACUCCCCAUAACCUUGUUAAAAAUGAUAUUGUAGGUAACAUGAAAUGGUCGUUUUUACAUUUUGUUCACCGCUAGACUUACUAUUUGACAUUAUUUUGCUAUUUUUAAUUAAAUAAUUACACUAGAUACUAAUUUGUAUUGCGUGCGCGACUGUAUCCAUGCGCAGCUAUCCCCUCCACGUUUCGUUCAGCGCUAGAGUUACGUGCCGCGAUCUGUACUAAUAGACCCACUGAUCGCGUUCGAAGCACCUGUGCGGCGCU